AAGAAGAAAAUACAUAAAAAUCUGUCACUGUUGAAAACGCAAUCGUGAAACUUUCAUCUGUCGCGCAACCGAAAUAAAGGGCGAUUUUUUCCGUACGAAAAAGUAGCUUUAAUUAGUUUCGUCGUUUCAAUUAAUCACCAAGGAUGGCGUCUUUGAUUUUGAGAAACGCUUGCCGUCGUACGCUGUUGCAGAACCAGCAAAGUGCCGGACCAUUGUUGGCUGUGCGCACCGUAGUGCUGAAGCCAGUGCAGCCGGACAAUCGCCCCGGGGAGUCGCACGAUGACCGCAACGCUCGUCUUCAGCGUCCCCAGUCGCCCCAUUUGACGAUUUACGCCCCGCAGCUGACCAGUAUGCUGUCCAUUACGCACCGUAUGACCGGAAUGGCCUUGGCAGGUUACGCCACCAUGAUGGGCCUGGGAGCAUUGGCUUUGCCCCACGAUGCCACCCACUAUUUGACCAUGCUCGAGGGGUUAAGUGCUCCCACUCUGAUGGCCCUGAAAUUUACCCUGGCCUAUCCCUUUGCUUUCCACUCGGUCAACGGAGUUCGUCAUCUCUUCUGGGACAUGGGUAAGUUUUUGACUAUCAAGGAAGUUUACUCUACCGGGUACACCAUGCUGCUGGUCUCCGGAGUGGUUGCGGCGGCCCUUACCUUCCUGUAGGAGCCUUCUGGCGGUGGAAGGGGAUUCAGUUUCGUCGGAAGUUGCGUAGGUACGUAAAUGCUUUGAAAGUAAACACCAUCGCAUUGAAAUGAUUAUUUAUUUGGAGUUCACAAGUCGGUAUUAAACAAGAAUCAUUGAAGUU